GAGCGGAAAAAGCGUCCCUUGAUUGAGGCUGACCAGGAAAAGGAGAGCGCGACGUGAAGUUCAACCCGCCCUUGCACCCUGAUCGUCAGCCAGAACAAACCAUACGCUCCUUUGUCCAUUCGACGCAAACCCGCAAACCGCACUCUUUAGCCUCGAAAUCGGCCCUCUUCGCUCCGUCAAUCGACGCAGAUAAAAAAUUCUGCCAACAAGCACGAUGACGCGCGCUCAGCAGACCAUCUCAAUCCUCCUCCUUGCGACUUCGCUCUACCUCUGCCUCUACCUGCAGCUCGUCCCGCUGCCCGACGUUAUCCAGACUGAGGUCAUCCCCGUGCUUCCCUUCUGGGUUCUCGUCUCGUUCGGCGCCCUUCUCCUGGGUCGCCUCGGCUGGGGCGUCCUGACCUUCAACGAUACGCCCGAGGCGCACAAGGAGCUGCUUGUCGAGAUUGAGGAGGCCAAGAAGGACCUGAGGAGGCUGGGUGUCACUGUCGACUAGAGGGCUGGCGAUUGUAGACGCAAUGGGGGACCAGAACAGUGCAAGAUAAUAUCAUGGCUUCGACCUUUGGUCUUGUUGGGUCAAUCACGCUCUGGGUGGAAGAGGGGACUGGAAUUCAUCCAGUGUCUGCAUUCGACCACGUAUAUUCCUCGUGUCAAUGACCAACUAGACCCGGGAGACCCGGAGUAGAUUACGAAAUAAGACUGAGCGUAACUAAAAGCACGGCACAUGGAAUUCGUACAGGGGAUGAAGUGCGUGCAGUUGGGGAAGCUCGACUUGCCGUCUGUAUUUCCAUCUCGCACCAAUUACCGGGGUUCAGUCGCCAAGGAUCGAGAUUCUCUUGGGUCAACAAUCAAGAACAAUUCCAACGGGCGCUUGUGAGUUUACAAAGUAGAACAUGGGUAUCAUAAUCAAGCACCAUCCCCAGCCAACAACGCCACCACAGCCCUAACGGCCGAGAUCGGAUCACCGUCUCCCUCCACCAGCUUUCUGAACAAAUCCG